UCUAGCUUUUAAUUUGUUGUCAGGAGGCAGCGUAGGGAUAAGGUUUUAUAUUUUACAUGGUCCAUUGCAAGUGGAAUACAUAUGAGAUCGAGCCAACGAAACAUAUUUAUUACUAGCUGAAAGGAACAACAACGAAAAAACCAAAGCUCCAUUAAGUGAUGCAAUGGAUCCAAGCAGGGGAGGGAGCAUCCCAGGUGAUCCUGAUGGCGAUGUCUUUGUUCCCAAUCCCAUUUUCUCUCAGUCCACCCGUUCAUUCUAAACCAAAUCUCCCUUAUUUUUCCCUUUUUUUUUUGUUGCCCCUUGCUUGACGGUUUAUUAUAUAUUACUUUAUUAUUGGAUAUCCAAUCUCCACACUCCUAACUACAGUUGUUAACCAUCUCCAUCAACCCUUCGAAGCCCCUUUUCACUCGAUCCAACAUUACUCUUCCUUUCAAACAAACAAAAAACCCCCUCCGGUGACUAUGUAAUUCAAUCCUUUCUGCUAUCAGGUUUUUUUAUUUUUAGUACUAAAAUUUUUGAGGUGGGAUUUGGAAUCUGUUGAUUUGGCUAUGUGAUUAGAUUUGGAUUGGGUGCUGGUCAAAUUGUUUUUAUUUUGCAAACGUGGGAAAUCUCGGAUCUCUUUCAGUCAUGGACACUCGCAGCGAUGCAGAAAGCAGUUCUCUUUUAAGUUUGUUCUCAGCCUUGUCGUAUGGGAUCGCUUCGAUGGCUAUGGUUUUUAUCAAUAAAGCAAUUCUUAUGCAGUAUGCACACUCCAUGACCCUGCUUACCGUGCAGCAAUUUGCAACUGCCUUGCUCAUUCACUUUGGCCGGCAAAUGGGUUACACAAAAGCUAAAGGGAUUGAUAUUACCACAGCUAAAAGGCUUCUCCCUGUUUCUCUAUUUUACAAUGCAAAUGUGGCAUUUGCUCUUGCAAGCUUGAAAGGCGUUAAUAUUCCUAUGUAUAUUGCUAUAAAGAGGCUCACACCACUUUCUGUGCUCAUUGCUGGUUUCUUUUCUGGAAAGGAAAAGCCUACAACUCAGUUUCAGGUGACUCUUUCAGUACUUUUGAUUGGUGCUGGAGUUAUUGUAGCUGCAAUGGGAGAUUUUUCUUUUGACCUUUUCGGAUACAGCAUGGCCCUAACUUCUGUGUUUUUCCAGACCAUGUACCUUGUGUUGGUAGAGAAGUCUGGUGUAGAGGAUGGGCUUUCUUCAGUAGAGAUAAUGUUCUAUAACAGUUUUCUUUCUCUUCCAUUUUUGCUGUUUCUCAUCAUAGCAACAGGAGAGUUCCCAAAUUCUUUGUCAUUAUUAUUUGCAAAGAGCAAUUCUUUCUCAUUUUUGGUGAUCCUACUUCUUUCGUUGGUAAUGGGCAUUGCUCUUAACUACACCAUGUUUUUGUGUACCAUAGUUAACUCUGCUCUGACUACAACCAUUGUUGGAGUACUGAAAGGUGUAGGGUCCACGACACUUGGUUUUGUUUUACUCGGUGGUGUGCAAGUACAUGCUUUGAACGUCACCGGAUUGAUUGUUAACACGGCUGGUGGAGUGUGGUAUUCGUAUGCCAAAUAUCAGCAAAAGAAGAAUAAACCACAGAAACUGAUGUUGGAUCUUGAAGCUCAUCGAAAAUAAACCAGACUCUGAAGGAUUCUGCAUUGGUUUCUUUUUAAAGUUUCCCAUCGUGUGUGCCAUUCAUCAAGUGAUUAUUUGAGGACUGUGUAUCCAUCUAUAUCAUUCUUUGAGCAGCUUCACCUUUACAAUACAAGAGGGGCAAAGAAGAGUAAUUAAUUUAGGGGAUGUAGAGUGAACAUUGUCUAUGAAUGAUACAUUUAUAUUGAUAAAACGGGACCAUCGCACAUCUC